ACAGGUGUCAUUACUAUAUAACUAAAACGAGUGAAAAACGCAGAGUGUGAACAUUGCCUCCAAUUGUCGACGAACUUUUCUUUCUCUACAGUAACCAUCGAUUCUUAUUUGUGGAGUUGUCUUUUUAAUUCUCUCUUUUUGUCUUCGCAUCAGUGCGUUGUAGAUCGUGCUUAUCCUCCUGGUGGAUAUUUAAGUUGAAGAAUGUUCUUAGCUUCAGCUGAGUUUUCUAGCCAUCAAAACACUUCCUAAGUCAUCUUCUUUCCACUAAGCUUGAAGAAAUCACGCAAAUAAUAUAGAUGGCGACGCUUGAAGAUAUAGCGGUUUCAGCAGCUCUUAACAUUCUCACUGCCUUCACUAUAUUAAUAGCGUUUGCUAUAUUAAGAAUUCAACCGUUCAAUGAUAGAGUAUACUUUCCGAAAUGGUAUCUUAAAGGGUUAAGAGAUUCAGAUAGUCCAACUCACUCGGGUGUUAGAGCAUUUGUGCGGAAGUUUGUGAAUUUGGAUGGUAUAUCAUAUAUAAGGUUCUUGAAUUGGAUGCCGGAUGCAUUGAAGAUGCCGGAACCUGAGCUUAUUGAUCAUGCCGGAUUGGAUUCAGCUGUCUAUUUGCGGAUUUACUUGAUGGGACUUAAGAUUUUUGUUCCUAUUGCAUUCCUUGCUUGUGCUGUUUUGGCACCGCUUAAUUUUACAAACAGCACAUUAGGCAAACAAGCCAAGCAAUGGAAAGUAACUUCAAGCAAUAUUGAUAAGCUUUCAACUUCAAAUAUCCCGUUUAAAUCAGAGAGGUUUUCGGCUCAUAUCGUGUUGGCUUACGUCUUUACCUUUUGGACAUGCUAUGUGUUGAUGAAGGAGUAUGAAAAAGUUACUAGUAUGCGGUUGCAUUUUCUUGCAACAGAAAGACGUCGGCCCGAUAAAUUUACAGUCCUUGUUAGGAAUGUUCCCCCAGACCCGGACGAAUCUGUCAGUGAGUUUGUGGAGCAUUUCUUUUUGGUGAAUCACCCAGAUCACUACCUAACGCAUCAGGUGGUAAUCAACGCAAACAAACUUGCCAAAUUGGUGAAGAAGAAGAAAAAGAUGCAGAAUUGGCAGGUAUACUACCAAAAUAAAUAUGAAAGAAAUAAUUCAAAGAGGCCGGUUAUGAAGACCGGUUUUCUUGGAUUUUGUGGAGAAAAAGUGGACGCAAUUGAUCGUCACAUAUCUGAAAUUGAAAAAUUGUCAACAGAAAUAGCUGAUGAGAGAAAAAGGGUUGUUAGUGAUCCCCAGUCUAUAAUGCCGGCAGCAUUUGUUUCCUUUAAAACCAGAUGGGGUGCAGCUGUAUGUGCACAAACUCAACAGACCAGAAAUCCAACUAUAUGGUUGCCUGAGUGGGCUCCAGAGCCUCGUGAUGCCUAUUGGAAAAACUUGGCAAUUCCAUAUGUUUCACUCAGGAUUAGGAAGCUGAUUAUUGGUGUUGCAUUCUUUUUCCUCACAUUUUUUUUCAUGAUCCCCAUUGCUUUUGUACAAUCUCUUGCAAGCCUUGAGGGAAUUGAAAAAGCAGCACCAUUUCUGAAACCCUUAGUUGAAACCAAGCUUAUUAAAUCAGUCAUCCAAGGUUUUCUUCCUGGUCUUGUGUUGAAGCUUUUUCUCAUCUUCCUCCAGAUGAUAUUGAUGAUUAUGUCUAAAUAUGAAGGCUUUGUAUCUCUAUCAUCUCUGGAAAGAAGAUCAGCAUCUAGAUAUUAUAUUUUCAAUCUUGUAAACGUUUUUCUUGGGAGCGUAAUAACUGGAACUGCAUUUGAACAGCUAAAUUCGUUUAUAAAGCAGUCAGCUAAUGAAAUUCCUGAGACAAUUGGAGUAGCUAUACCAAUUAAAGCAACUUUCUUCAUAACUUACAUAAUGGUCGAUGGAUGGGCUGGUAUAGCCUUAGAGAUUUUACGGUUGCAACCACUAAUAAUCUACCACUUGAAGAAUUCCUUCUUGGUGAAGACUGAAAGGGACAGGGAGGAGGCAAUGGAUCCAGGAAGUAUGGGUUUCCAUACUGGAGAACCUCGUAUACAGUUUUAUUUUCUGCUAGGCCUUGUCUAUGCGACAGUGACUCCUCUUUUGCUCCCUUUCAUAAUUGUUUUCUUUGCACUGGCCUAUGUUGUUUUCCGUCAUCAGAUCAUAAAUGUUUACAACCAACAGUACGAGAGCGGUGCAGCAUUCUGGCCUGAUGUCCAUAAGAGAGUCAUUGCAGCAUUGGUUAUAUCACAGCUGCUUCUUAUGGGGCUGCUGAGUACAAAGGGAGCUGCUCAAUCAACACCAUUUCUCAUUGCUCUUCCCAUACUUACGAUAUGGUUUCAUAGGUUCUGCACAGGCCGUUACAAAUCUGCAUUUGUUAAAUAUCCAUUACAGGAAGCGAUGACGAAAGAUACUUUAGAACGGGCAAUGGAACCAAACCUUAACUUGAAAGAUUAUCUUCAAAAUGCAUACAUCCAUCCAGUUUUCAAAAUGGAUGAUGAAGAUGGAAGCAGGGAAAACGAAAAUGUUUUAAUCCCCACAAAACGCCAAUCCCGUAGAAACACACCAGUACUAUCGCGCAGCGAAAUUAGUGAUGCGUCCUCACAAUCUCCCUCUUUGCCCGACACUGUUCGCGAAAGCUCAGAGCCUUGAUUCUGUUUAAGACUUAUACUUUCCGUCCACAUAUGAGCUAUGCACGUCGAAUCAGUGAAGGAUGACAAACAUUGUAAAUAAAUUGAGAAAGAAGAGCAUCAUAGUUUCUCUGUAUAGACAGAGUGAAAGAAGAGAGAAGUGACCACUUGAACUCAGGUUUCCAUUUUCGAGCAAUAGAAGCAAGUUCUUGAAAUAUUUCCCAUUUCCUAUUUCAAUCUUUAUGUGCUUCUUAGAAUCAAUGCAGUGUGUUCAAUGUAGAUUUGCUUCAAUUUUCAAUAUCAUAAGUUGUCAACAAUUGUUUUCAAAUCUAACAUUGCCUGGUUAAAUAGAUUACUUGCGGAUGACACCAUGUCUUCAUUUAUCUUUUGUUAGUACAAA